UCAUAAUUUAAUCUAAUUCUUGAAAUAAAUACAUUUUAUCAGCUUUAUUUACUUAUAUACCAGUGUAAACCAAAUUUGUUAUUAGACCUCAAUUUAACUGUUGUUGAUAAGUGUAGUAAGUUUAAGUGAAUAAUAAUCUUAAAUAAACAUUGGAAAGCACACCAAUUAAUUAACUAACAUGGGAGGAUUUAUUUCAAUUAAUUUAGAAGAGAAUUAUAAAAAAAAUGAAAAAUUUCUACAAAGUCUCAAUGAAAUUUCGAUGGAGAGACAAAUACAACUACAAUAUCAAAUGCAAGAAAGACAAAGAGCACUUCAAAUAGCAAGAAAUCGUGAUAUAUUUCUGUGGUUCUCUGCAUUCAAUAUAACAGCAGCAUCCGGUUUACUUACAGGUUUCAGACGAACUAAAAGGACUUAUCUAUUGGCACCUCUUUUGCCAUUAAUGUUUGUCAAUUUAUACUACUGGGAUCUUGCAUAUGGCAACAAAUUGCAUAGAAUUAGAAUGGAAGCAGAGCACAUCAUGUCUCAUGAGUCUGACAUGCUGGAAUUACCCUGUGGCCUGCCGUCCCCCUCCUCUGUGGACCAGGGUCGGCUGGACGCUGAGGAAAAGAAGAAAAUACAUCCUCCCUUACCUUAAGUUAUUGUAAUAUUAGAUUCAAACUUUAUGGUAGCUUGGAGUUAACUGUAAGGCAAAGUGUUCCCGCUGCUUGUUUGCCCCCUUCUGUUAUAAAAAAAAAAAGUUUGUGCAAAUAGACAAUUUAAAUUCACUACAGGCAAAAAUGUCUAGAUUUAAUGACACGUUUUGAUGAUUCUUUUUGCAAAUUCGCUGUUCAAAUGUAUGUUUGUAUGGCGUAAGAUGGAUUAAUAGCAGAUGGAGGAAUGACAUCUCCUACCCUUUGUCCCCAUCUUGUUAUUCUUGCUAAUACCUAAAAUUCUGUUUCUAGCAGUAUUACAAUCUUUCGAGCCUCCAUAAAGUUUGAAUAGCACUGUAUCAAUUGUCCUGUGCCUUCGAAGCUUUUAGAAGGGCAGUCUUAUGCAUUUAGAUAUCUCGUUAGUAUGCCAAUAAUGUUCAAAAAUUAAAAGAAAAGUUGUUGUACUUAUGAAAUUGAAUAAUUUGCUUUUGCAUUUUAAUAGAUAUU